AUGCAGAAAUCCUUUCAAAAACCCACCUAUGGUAAAUUUCAGACAUUGAAGCCCACCUUCUCUCUCCCUGUCCCUGGGCAUUUCACCAAGGAAGAUGAGCACUCUGCCAUUGUUAAUGCACUCAAGCAAGUAAUAUGCGGCAGCGACGGUGGUGGCGUUGCCGCCAUUGAAGUGGCCUCACUACCACAGAACCUUCCAAAUGCCACGUCAUCAUCAUCACAACCAUCCACGAGUGGGACCAGGACUCAGGACAAUAUCCUCUCCCUCCUUGUCCCAGAUUCUCCCACGUGUCCAAUCUGCAAAAUUGAACCAUGCUUAGGAUGUGUUUUUUUCGAGCCUAGUGGUGCUGCUGAUAGAGAAGGGAAAAGAAAGAGGAAGAAAAAUAACUACAGGGGAGUUCGGCAGAGGAAGUGGGGGAAGUGGGCGGCGGAGAUACGAGACCCACGGCGGGCGGAGCGGAAGUGGCUCGGCACUUUCCAGACGGCAGAGGAAGCCGCUAGAGCCUACGACAGCGCCGCAGUGGAGUUCCGUGGAGAGGGAGCCAAGACAAACUUCCCAUUGUCGGACUAUCAAGAAUUGCUGAAGAAGCACCACAAAGAGAAUGCAGAACAUGAACCCCUCGAUGAAAACAGAGAGAAUCAAGGAGGUGAGGCCAAUGAGAGAGAGAAGGUGGUGGGCGAGAGUGGUAAGGAAGAGAAUGAUGAGGACUUCAUGGAAAUGCUGGGAGAUGAUAGCUUGAACGGUCCAGAAUGGAGGGAGGUGUUGGAAUACGUGCGUCUUUGA